AUGUCUCCAGUCUGGGCACUGCUGCCGCCGAGAGUCCAGGCCCCGGGCCUAAUGCUGCCAAGAGUCCAGGCCCCGGGCCUAAUGUCGCCGAGUGACCUGGUUCCGGGCCCAAUGCAGCUGAGAUUCCGGGCCCCGGGCCCAAAGCCACCGAGAGUCCAGGCCCCAGUCCUAAUGCCGCCGAGAGUCCAGGCCCCAGGCACACUGCCACCGAGAGCCCAGGCCCUGGGCCUAAUGCUGUCUAGAGCCCAGAGCCCAGGCCCAGUGCCGCCUAGAGCUCAGGCCCUGGGCCAAACACCACUGAGAGUCCAUACCCCAGGCCCAAUGUCACCGAGAGCCCAGGCCCUGGGUCUAAUGCUGCCUAGAGCCCAGAGCCCAGGCCCAAUGCUGCUGAAAGCCCAGGGCCCGGGUCAAACACCGCUGAGAGUCCGGACCCCAGGCCCAAUGCCCACGAGAGUCCAGAGCCCGGGUCAAAUGCGGCCGAGAAUCCAGGACCCAGGCCAAACACUGCCGAGUAUUCAGGGCCUGAGCCAAACACUGCCGAGAGUCCAGGGCCUGGGCCGAGUGCCGCCGACAGUCCAGGGCCUGGGCCAAACUUCACAGAGAGCCCAGGGCCCAGGUCAAAUGCCGCCGAGGGCCCAGGGCCCGGGCCAAGUGCCGCCGAGAGCCCAGGGCCCCGGCCAAGUGCCGCCGAGAGCCCAGGGCCUGGGCCAAGUGCCGCCGAGAGCCCAGGGCCUGGGCCAAAUGCCGCCGAGAGCCCAGGGCCCGGGCCAAAUGCCGCCGAGAGUCCAGGGCCCGGGCCAAAUGCCGCCGAGAGACCAGGGCCUGGGCCAAAUGCCGCUGAGAGACCAGGGCCUGGGCCAAAUGCCGCCGAGAGUCCAGGGCCUGGGCCAAAUGCCGCCGAGAGUCCAGGGCCCGGGCCAAAUGCCGCCGAGAGUCCAGGGCCCGGGCCAAAUGUCGCCGAGAGACCAGGGCCUGGGCCAAAUGCCGCCGAGGGUCCAGGGCCUAGGCCAAAUGCCGCCAAGAGUCCAGGGCCUGGGCCAAAUGCCGCUGAGAAUCCAGGGCCCGGGCCAAGUACCGCCGAGAGCCCAGGGUCCGGGCCAAAUGUCGCCGAGAGCCCAGGGUCCGGGCCAAAUGUUGCCGAGAGCCCAGGGUCCGGGCCAAAUGCCGCCGAGAGCCCAGGGUCCGGGCCAAAUGCCGCCGAGAGCCCAGGGUCCGGGCCAAAUGCCGCUGAGAGUCCAGGGCCCGGGCCAAGUGCCGCCGAGAGUCAAAGACCUGGACCUAAUCCCACCGAGAGUCAUGGGCCUUGACCUAAUGCAGCCAAGAACCCAGGCCCUGAGCCAAAUGCCGCUGAGAGUCCAGGGUCCGGGCCAAAUGCUGCUGAGAGCCCAGGGCCAGGGCCAAAUGUCAUCGAGAACCCAGGCCUCAGGCCUUAUGCCGCCGAGAGCCCAGGCCCCGGGCCUUAUGCCGCCGAGAGCCCAGGCCCCGGGCCAUAUGCCACCGAGAGCCCAGGCCCCAGGCUUUGUGCCGCCGAGAGCCCAGGCCCCGGGCCUAAUGCCGCCGAGAGCCCAGGCCCCGGGCCUAAUGCCGCCAAGACCCCAGGCCCCGGGCCUAAUGCCGCCGAGAGCCCAGGCCUUGGGCCUAAUGCCACCAAGAACCCAGGCCCUGGGCAUCACUAGGAGUCCCAUUUUACAACGCCGACGCUACAACCACUGUAUUGCUGACCUCGCUCCAGCCUCGAAGAUGAAGAAAGUAUGA